UUUUUUCUUCUUCGAUCUGAGAAAAUCUUCCGAUCUUGAGCAUGGACAGCACGAUGGUGACCUCAUCGAGCUCUUGGGGGCAGGCGCUGCUUCGGAUCUCUCCGUACACCUUCUCCGCCAUCGGAAUCGCCAUCUCCAUCGGCGUCUCUGUCCUCGGCGCCGCCUGGGGAAUUUACAUAACGGGGAGUAGUUUAAUUGGUGCUGCCAUCAAAGCACCUCGCAUUACCUCCAAAAACCUAAUCAGUGUCAUUUUCUGUGAGGCUGUUGCUAUAUAUGGAGUCAUUGUAGCUAUCAUUCUACAAACAAAGCUUGAUAGUGUGCCUAAGUCAAAGAUGUAUGAUCCUGAAUCCAUGAGAGCUGGCUAUGCCAUAUUUGCAUCUGGAAUUAUCGUGGGCUUUGCUAACCUUGUCUGCGGGCUAUGCGUUGGUAUCAUAGGAAGCAGCUGUGCCCUAUCCGAUGCCCAAAACUCGACUCUUUUUGUUAAGAUCCUUGUCAUCGAGAUUUUUGGCAGUGCACUUGGAUUGUUUGGAGUCAUUGUAGGCAUUAUAAUGUCAGCUCAAGCUACAUGGCCAACUAAGUGAAUUCUCAUCAAUACCAUCCUUUAUUUAUCCCCUUUGUUUGUAACCUUUUCCAGUUUCCUGCGGUGUGUAGUAAAUUGAGAUAAAUAUAAUUUUUGAAAUUCUUUUUUUCUAGCACGCAACCUUGGCGAUAAUUUGGAGCGCCACAAUCGCCAACUUUUGGAUUCUGUCUGUAAUUACUCCCAUUCAAUAAAAACUGCAGAUUUGAUA